AUGGUCACGAAGCCGAUAAAGUUUAUUGUCCUGAGGCCCAGGGGGAUCCCCCAAAAUUUGGAACUGGAAGUGAACUGCAACGAGGUCAUAAAAAAUGUGAAGGAGAAAUUAUUUUCGGAGGACCUAAAGAAGGAGUUGAACGUUCGGUUCAUUUACAUGGGGAAAAUCCUUGAUGACAAAAAAAGGUUGGAGGAUUAUUUAAGUCAUUAUUACAAGGACUUGCUUUUUAAUGGCAAGCCAAAUUCAUCCGGACAGGAAAGUAGGAAGGAUGGUCCUGGGGGGACGAGUGGUCUGAGCAGAGAUGCGAACGUGAAAAAUGGGGGCAGCUGUUCCAAGGACAGCUUCCUUAACAUCCCUAUUACAAUUCACGUGAAGAUAACGGAAAAGUCAACCACCUCCAGGAGUGACCACCUGGACGGAAAGAAUAUCCACACGACGCUGGCGCAAUUCAGCCUGAUCAUGUUCGUCUCUCUUCUCUGGAUGUACCGAUACAACUACGCCGAAACAUUCCCCGUUUUCUCCUCCAUCGUUCUGUGCAUUUUUACGGUUAUGAUUUUUAGUCUUCUUUUCUAUACUUAUAUAAUACUGUUUUUUCAAGUUUUGUUUAAGGUGGUGGCGGUAACGUACCACCUGGUGAAGCAGAGCACCGUUCGCGUGCUGACUUACGUCAACGAGAGGAAGGCCAAACUGUUUGUGAGGAGACAAGCGACGGGGGGAGGUGCAGCCGUUAAGGAGGAUUGA